UAAUACUGCCUUACCUAAGGUUUUUUACUGUUAAUUAAUUGGCACAUAUAAACUUAAGGUAUUUGAUCACACACAAUUAUCUCAGAAUAAAGUAAAACAAUUAAGCUUUAAACCUACAUUUAGACACAAAGUCCUUCUACGAGAGGACACAUGAGAUGGAGGAUGGAGGACCUGACCUCCUGCAUUUGAUAUUGUAUUUCAGUGACGCACAUGUCUGACAAAUUUGCAAUUAAUCAAAUGAUGUAGACCCAAAUCAUAUGGAGAUAACCUGUCUCGAUGGCCCUGGAAGUGGGCUAAAGAUUAAAUAGAGUUUAGGUGCAUUCCCCUCAACCAAAUAAGGCACUUUGCUGCCUUCAAAUGAAAGCAUAUUGACAAGAAAUUAAUCUGUAUUCAUGAUUUAGAUCAAACUAAAAUGAAUCAUAAUGGCUUAAGUCAGUCAUAUAUGACAGAAAAGGUAUUUUAUGCAGUUUUGACUUUAAACAUUGAUCAUUUUCUGAUCCAGGGACUCUCCACCAAGGCACCAUCAAUAAAAGUCAAAGUAGCAUGUGUGAAGUCAAAGUGGGCUACAAAGUAAAUGGAAAUACUCAUGUAAAGUACAACUACUUCAAAAAUGUAGGCUUCUUGAGUAAAUGCAGGAUACUUGUUUACUGUACUUUCCACCACUGCCUGUAUACAUGCUGCAUGCAAGACAGCCUAAAAAUCUGUCAGAGGGGAAAUGACCUGCGAUUAAGAGUGGGUGAAAAUCCCUAAAUUCAGAGCAGAUACCUGCUUGUUGGCUCUAAAAAGCUGUCAUGUCUGUUACAGUGGCAGGGCAGGCUGUGCCCACACCUUUACACAAACCUUGCAGAAAGGAUCUUUUUUUUCAUCCAUUUGCUUUUGCCGACAUCCCCUGCUCUGGGCUGUGGGGGUGUAUGAGGGGCUGGCCCCUGCUGAUUCAGAGGUUAGGAAUUUGCAUCUGAUUGCUGUUUGUCAACCAAUGAUCUGACUGUGCAGACCGGAUGGUCUCUCCACGCCUCUCUCUGACUGUCUGAACGAUGCGGACUCUCAAAGCGACACAAACUCUGAAAACACAAUUACAUGCGAGUGUCGAACGCGUGGACACCAUGCUGUCAUAUUAAACAACUUUAAUUCUGGCUAAUAAACACGCGGGUCACCUCUGCUUUUCCUCUUAUCGCUGCCUUUUCCUCAGUGUGUAACCGGAGGGGGAGACUGGAUUCACAGACGGGGAAAACAGGAAUGUUUCUUCCGCUUCCAAAGAGUGUAAAAAACGAACGGAUGCCGAUGUGUUUACUAGUCCCUUACAGACGGAGCUGCUAUGUCAAUACGAUGUAAUCACAAAGCCUGAUCGAUAGCUAUUGCUAAGGUAGCGGAUGGACUCAACUAGCCUAUGUCACCCCGCAGAGGUCUUUGUAGUCUGUCACUCUCACCUUCAUUCUCACUGUUUGUACCGCAUUGAACAUUGUGCAACUCAGCUCUGCUGCCAGCUUUGGUUCCCCCACCUGCAGGAAAAACCAUUAAGAAAAGAGAGAGGCCUCUGUCUCCAGAGCUACGGUCGACCUCUGACUAUAUGUCUCAGAGCUCUGACCGACCUUCUUCCUCUUCCUUCUUCUGCUUUUCCUCAAAGACCCACAUUUCCACAUAAUCAUCAUCACCAAACCUCCAGUCAGCUGCUAGCUGCUUCAUCACAGGUGUAGUUGGCAAUUGCUCUCCCUGGGCAGAAGAAUUGACCAUCGUCCCCCCAUCUGGUGCUCCUUUAGUGGGGGAGGGAGGGGAAGGAAGGCAGCUGAACGCUGUACCACUUUCCCCAGAGAUGAAGCUGCAGGCUGUCAUGGAAAACCUGCACAGGCAGCAGAGGGCAAAGCUGCUGAUGGAGCAGCAGCUAGAGCAGCAAGCCGUCACACACCACACUCACAUCCGCAGAGGUGGACGAGGAGGAGGAGGAGGAGGGGAAGAACCGAUGGGAAGCCCUGCCCCUGAGGCGGAGCAGGCCCAGAUGGCAGCGCUUGCGGCCAUGCGUGCUGCGGCGGCUGGGCUGCAAAGAGUGUCAGUCAGCCCCAUGUCAGAGCGCAGCAGUGGCGGUGAGGAAGAAGGUGACAAUGAUGACAAUGAAGAAGGGGAGGAGCAAUACAAGGACGUGAUGGGGUCAGACGAGGAAGAGCAGAUCAAACAGAAAUGGGAUGAGGAGGACUUUGAAGGUGAGAUGGAAGAAGAUUUUGACGAUGACCUAACAGAAGGAGGUUUGCCGACAGGCCAUGAUGCUGUUGCCCCUGGGAAAGGCAUCCUUCUUUUGCCCCACCGCCAGCUCCACCCUCACUCCCAGUUGCUGAAGGCCCGCACCAGUGUAGACCAGGAACCCCGUGUAUCCAUCCUGCCUUCCCACAGCACGCACAACAAUCUGGGCGGGCAGGACCAUGCAGAGUGGACCUACGAGGAGCAGUUCAGACAGCUGUAUGAACUGGAUGGAGACCCAAAGAGAAAAGAGUUUUUGGAUGACCUCUUCGGCUUCAUGCAAAAAAGAGGAACCCCAGUGAAUCGCAUUCCCAUCAUGGCCAAGCAGGUUCUGGAUCUGUACAUGCUCUACAAGCUGGUGACAGAGAAAGGUGGCCUGGUGGAGGUCAUCAACAAGAAACUGUGGAGGGAGAUCACCAAGGGACUCAACCUGCCUACCUCAAUCACCAGUGCGGCCUUCACCCUCCGCACACAAUACAUGAAGUACCUGUACCCAUAUGAAUGUGAUAAGAGGGGCCUGAGCAACCCCACUGAGCUCCAGGCAGCCAUUGACAGUAAUCGGCGGGAGGGCCGACGACAGAGCUUUGGCAGCUCCCUCUUCACCUACUCCCCUAACGGGACGCCUACCAUGCUGUCCUCGCCAAAGCUUCCCACUUCCAGUGUGGGCCUGACAGUGGGAACCAACGGGGCUUCACUGAACCCCAUCCAGAAGAUCAAGAAAGAAGAGGAGGGAGGCCAGUCACUGCCAGGGGUUGGCAUGGCUCGUUUGCCAGCAGGGGCCUUGGCAGGUCACUCAGUGGCUGCUGUGCAAGCGGCAGCAGCCCAGGCAGCAAUGGCGGCUCAGGUGGCAGCUCUGGAACAGCUAAGGGACAAACUGGAGGCCGGUGAGCCACCAGAGAAGAAGAUGGCACUGCCAGCUGAGGAACACCACCGACUGCUGCAGAGAGCACUUCAGCACAAUCUGCUGGCCAUGACAGCCCAGAUACCCAUGAAUAUCCGCAUCAACAACCAGGACGGCAGGCAAGACUCGGCGCUGAACCUCUCCACCAACGGCACAAGCAGCAUUAGCAUGUCAGUGGAGCUCAAUGGAGUGGUGUACACUGGUGUUCUUUUUGCUCAGGCAGCACCAGGGUCUGCCUCCUCUGGUACGUCUGGAUCGUCAGUCUCCAACAAGGCGGUCAGCAAUCGUGUUGCCCUUCAGCAGCAGCAGAACACACCUACCUCAUCCUCAACCUCCAGCAACCUGUUGUCUUAACAAACCCCUAGCCUUUCCUCUUUGUUUGUUUUGAAAUUACCACGCUAAGUAAAGCCAAAAAUCAACCUCAUUUUCUACACCAUCUAUGCCACAAAGACAAGAACCAUAAACCAUAGAGAAAGAGACAAACUGAAACUCAGAUCACUUGAAGUACACUAUCUCAGGUUUUCUCUCACAAAUUCACAUCUUUUGUUCUUUGUAGCCAAAAUAAUUUUGAAGAAAAUAUUCCUACUCAGAGCCAUUAUAUGCUAAACAAGUAUGCACAACCUGUGAAUUAUUUAUUUCUGCAUAAAAGCUCAGCUUGUUGGAGAACAAAAGAUAAAGUAAUAACUAGGGAGGUUAAUGUACUGUUUACACACACUCAAACAGCUACUGACUGACAGCUAUGUUUUAUCCUCCAGGGGAGAGAUUUUUGUUUUAAUUCUAACUUUUCAUUGUCAUUAUCAUUGUUAUUCUCUAUCGUGUUUAUCAUUUAAAUCUUUAACAAUCCUCUCACUGCAGGAAAAAAAUCUAUAUAUUUAAAAUUCUAUUAAAAAAAUAUGAAUAUCUUCUAUUUUUAAUCAGAAAAGCUUUAAGGGUAUACGUUGUUUCUUCAGGGCAUAUAACAAUGUACCAUUGUGACCUCAUUUUGUGUAAAAUAUUAUUCACAUGGCAGCCACUUUGGAUCUCUGCUGUGGGGUUGCGCUCCUGUUGUGUACCAUGAUACACAGCAUAUCAAUGCCACUGAUUCUUCAGUGAAAUGCAAAUUUGAAACAGCUGCAACUCAGUAAUCUGCCAGGAAAUUUGUUCGUUUUAAUAUAUUUGGUCUAUUAUUGAUCGCUACUGGUGUCUAGGUGGUAGCUAGUUGGCUAGAACGCUAUGUAGCUGACAUUCCCGCUGAAUCUAAGCCGUUGUUGUAGUUGUUCUUCUGAGACAGCUGGCUAAAUUAUAUCUAAAAUCCUCUGUUGACAUGAGGCCAGUUCUAUAUACAGUGGAACCUUGGAUUGCGAGUAACCCGGUUUGCGAGUGUUUUGCAAGACGAGCAAAAAUUUUUGAUUCGAUAUACAAAUGAGGUCUCGCAAUACGAGUAGUAUGUACGCUUUGUCUGCUGAGCGUCACGUGACAUACGUCACAACUGAGCUGAUGGUUCUUGCUUUUCACUCAUGUAGUCAAUAUCUGUACUGCAACAAUGGCCCCUCACGCCAGCCAUGAUUCUUUUCAAUGGUGAAGUGCGGGUUAAUUUGUUUUAUUUUUACUUUAUACUGUAUUUUGUAUUACUGUAAUCAUUUUUAUAUGGAUAAGUGG